UGGAUCAUUUAUCCAUAAGUUCAGAAAAAAUCUCGACGUGAAAUGAGCAAAGGAGUAGAAAUCUUUUACAAAGGCCAGAAGGUGUUCUUGAACAUCUUCUCCUUGUGGUCUCAGAAUGAACCCUGUUGGAGAAUCAUCCACCAGGUGAACUAUGUCCACGUAAUUGUGUUUUGGGUGCUGCUCUUUGAUCUUCUGUUGGUGCUGCAUGUAGUGGCUAACUUGAGCUACAUGUCGGAGGUUGUGAAAGCCAUAUUUAUACUGGCCACCAGUGCAGGACACACCACCAAGCUGCUGUCCAUCAAGGCCAAUAAUGUGCAAAUGGAGGAACUAUUCAAAACAUUGGAUGACGAAGAGUUUCGUCCUAGAGGCGCCAAAGAAGAGUCUAUCUUUGCAUCAGCCUGUGAAAAAAGUAGGAAGCUUCGGAAUUUCUAUGGGACGCUGUCGUUAGCCGCCUUGGGUAUGAUCCUCAUACCCCAGUUCGCCGUGGACUGGUCCCACCUUCCACUGAAAACAUACAAUCCGCUGGGCGAGAAUCCUGGCUCACCUGCUUUCUGGCUCCUGUACUGCUAUCAGUGCCUGGCCCUGUCCGCCUCGUGUAUCACCAACAUAUGCUUUGAUUCCCUCUGCUCCUCACUGUUCAUCUUCAUCAAGUGCCAGCUGGACAUUCUGGCGCUGCGACUGGAUAAGAUCGGUCGGCCAAGCAGUUCUGGUGGCACUGUGGAACAGAAACUUAAGGAAAAUAUCCGCUAUCACAUGGCCAUCGUUCAGCUGACAAGGACCGUGGAGCGUUUACUUUGCAUGCCGAUUUCGGUCCAGAUCUUCUGCUCUGUUUUGGUUUUGACUGCCAAUUUCUAUGCUAUUGCUGUGUUGUCUGAAGAGAGGCUGGAGCUGUUUAAAUAUAUGACCUACCAGACGUGCAUGCUGAUUCAAAUUUUUAUUUUGUGCUACUAUGCCGGUGAGGUAACCCAGGGCAGCCUGGACCUUCCGCACGAGCUGUACAAGACCUCUUGGGUGGACUGGGACUACAGAAGCCGAAGGAUUGCUCUCCUUUUCAUGCAACGCCUUCACUCGACUCUGAGGAUUAGGACAAUAAAUCCCAGUCUGGGUUUUGACCUAAUGCUCUUCAGCUCGGUGAGUCGUGUCCGUGGUUCAACCUUUUUGUGCACUGUAGCCAAUUUCCAUAAUGGGCCUUAUUAGCCAUUUAAGUUCGUAGCCUAUAAAAGGCUUUCCUCGAGGGCUUCCUA